CCGCCGAGCGCCGCCAUGGCGUCCAUGCUGCUGCAGAGCUGCGGGCGCCGCGCCUGCCGCCUGCCCCGAGCGCUGCGCCGCCGGCCACAGCCCGGUAACUUGGGAGAUCGGGCGUGUCUUAGCUGCACAUCCCUGCGGCUGGCAAACAAGAUGACUGUACACUUUAAAUAUUGCACUAGUGUCCCUCCUGUUUACGCAUUCUCCAAAAAAGAUCACUACUGUUGUUGGACUAAAGGAUCUGGACAAAUAUACUUUACUCUUACGAGCUCUUCUGGCUCAUGGACGCCACUAGCAACCCUGGGUGUUUUAGGUCCCCAGUAUCUCCCAGUUAGAUGGUGGCAUUCUUCACGUCCCCUUCAAGAUGACUCCAUAGUUGAAAAGUCACUGAAGUCCUUAAAGGACAAAAACAAGAAGCUGGAAGAAGGAGGUCCUGUGUAUAGUCCAACAGAAGUGGAAGUUGUGAAAAAAUCUCUUGGACAGAGGGUUGUGGAUGAACUGAAGCACUAUUACCACGGUUUUCGAUUACUGUGGAUUGACACCAAAAUAGCUGCAAGGAUGCUCUGGAGAAUCCUGCAUGGAAACACUUUGUCUCGUCGAGAACGGAGACAGUUCCUUCGAAUAUGUGCCGAUCUUUUCCGCCUGGUCCCUUUCUUGGUUUUUCUUGUUGUCCCAUUUAUGGAAUUUUUGCUUCCAGUAGCUCUUAAGUUGUUCCCUAAUAUGCUUCCCUCUACAUUUGAGACAAAGUCUAAAAAGGAGGAAAGGUUGAAGAAAGAAUUGAGAGUAAAACUUGAAUUGGCUAAAUUCCUUCAAGACACCAUUGAGGAGAUGGCAUUAAAAAACAAAGCAGCCAAGGGAAAUGUGGCAAAAGAUUUUUCAACGUUCUUUCAAAAGAUCAGGGAAACUGGUGAAAGACCCAGUAAUGAGGAGAUCUUAAGGUUCUCUAAACUGUUUGAAGAUGAGCUGACACUGGACAAUCUGACCAGGCCUCAGUUGGUGGCACUUUGUAAAUUGCUGGAACUUCAGUCAAUUGGGACAAAUAACUUUCUCCGCUUCCAGCUGACUAUGAGGUUGAGAAGCAUAAAAGCAGAUGACAAGAUGAUUGCUGAAGAAGGAGUUGAUACCCUGACUGUUAAAGAACUGCAGGCAGCUUGUCGUGCCCGAGGGAUGAGAGCUCUUGGUGUGACGGAGCAGCGUCUCAAGGAGCAGCUUAAACAGUGGUUAGAUCUGCACCUGAACCAGGAAAUCCCGACUUCAUUGCUUAUUUUAUCCAGAGCCAUGUAUCUUCCAGAUACCCUUUCUCCAGCUGAUCAGCUCAAAACAACACUUCAGACACUACCAGAUAGUGUUGCCAAAGAGGCCCAAGUGAAAGUGGCAGAAGUUGAAGGUGAAAAAAUAGAUAACAAAGUUCGUCUGGAAGCAACGCUUCAGGAAGAGGAAGCCAUCAGAAAAGAAAAUGAAGAAAAAGAGAUGGAAAGAUUGUCUGAAGCUGCAGAGAAAGCCAAAGAAACCCUUGAAGUUGCAGCUGUGAAAGAGGUGGAACCAGCAGUAGAUCUCGAAGCAGCUGCUCUGCAAGCUAAAAAAGUCCAGGUGGCUGUGGAUACUGAAAAAGAACUGGCAAGGGCAGAUGUGGCUGUGCACUCGGAGACACUGAUAGAUACAGCACCUGUGUUGGAAGGCAUCAAGGGCGAGGAAAUCACCAAGGAGGAGAUUGAUGUGCUGAAUGAUGCUUGCACCAAGCUGCAGGAACAGAAAAAAUCACUAACUAAGGAGAAGGAGGAGCUUGAGGAAUUGAAGGGUGAUAUCCAGGAGUAUAGUGAGGAUUUGCAAGAGAUAAAAGAGCUCUCUAAAACUGGCCAGGAAGAGGCAGUAGAAGAGUCAAAGGCGAGCAAGAGAUUGACAAAGAGAGUCAACCGAAUGAUUGGUCAGAUAGACAAAAUUAUUGUUGAAUUAGAGACAAGUCAAAAGACAGUGGAUGAAAAGCUGGAUGGUGCUGAUGUUCCUGCUGGGGGGAAUCUCAUCAGUAUUGCUGAACUAAUCAAUGCAAUGAAACAAAUUCAGAAGAUUCCAGAGGAGAAGCUAACUAGGAUUGCAGAGGCACUAGAUGAAAACAAGGAUGGAAAAAUUGAUAUAGAUAAUGUUGUUAAGGUAGUAGAAUUGAUUGACAAAGAAGAUAUUGAUAUUGGCACUAGUCAGGUUGCUGAGAUUAUGUCACUGCUUCAAAAAGAAGAAAAACUGGAAGAAAAAGAGAAAGCAAAGGAAAAACACGACAAAGAAGCUGCAGAAGCAAAGAAUUAAGCUUCAGAAUCUGAAGCUAAUGCACUUGUAACCAAAAUCUUGUAUAUCUUUGUGUCUAAUGGCUACAUAUUACUUGAGCUUUGUGAUUAUGGGAAGUGUUUUGAGCUGAUUCUGGUAAUAAAUCGUAGAUGCGUUUUCUGACAUAUGGAAUGAAAUUUCCGUUCAUCAGAGAAGUGAUUUACUCUCAUUCCAUACUGAUGAAAACAAAAUAUGCUUUUUUAGCAGUGCUCCUGCCCACAGAAACAUGUAUUUGCACUCAUUGUUGUGGUACAGUGAUCCAUUAAACUUGGAAGUUUGCUGUAUAAAUUAAGUGUAUGUAUCAUGGAAAAAUGUUUCCCAUUUAUUUUCUUUCAUUGUUCCUUGGGGCCCAACCUUGCUCUGCUUCUACCUUUUAGCUUUUUCAGAAAUUAAAACAAACUUUCUGUUCUGUCACAAUAUUACAUAUUUUGUAACCUGUUAGUGAAGAUUCUGUGGCUUCAGUAGUAGCUCUGUAGACAGUGGCUUUUUUAAGCUAAAUAUCACUAAACUGUUGCCUCACUGACAGAGAAUGUGGCAUUCUGAUCACUUUUAUGAAUUCAUGGUUAUUAUUUUUUUCUGUUGAAGGGAAAAAUCAGAUUUUUCCCUAGAAUGAAAACAUGGCAUGAAGUUUGCUACUUAUGGGUGCCUUAAAUUUCUUAAGACUAGGGAGUAGAGUGUGCUGCUUCUACUCAAAAAUCCAUGAAUUGUUAAAGCAUUGGAAUCACAGGAGCCUUUAAAACAGCUUCAGAACACAAUCUAUCACAUGGUAAAGUGAGUUAAAGUGUUUUUCUGAAUAGCAGAGUGAAAAUAAUCAUAAGAGGGAAAUGUCAGUUGUGAUCUUGCAUAUAUUUUUUUAAAAUGCAGUUACCUCUGCACGCUUGGUUUUCAUUUGAGAAUUAUUUACACCAUAACUAGUUCUCUUACCUCUCAAUUUUCAUCUCAGGUAUAAAGUCAUUAACCAGCUGUAGUCAGAGUACCUAAAUAUGUUCAUCUCAUGGCUUUCCUUGCUGUGCAGUCAACAAGUCUUGUCUGGUGUUGCCAGUGCUUUAAUUACAUAAUUGGUUUUCUAAUUAAUUGCUUAUAGUCACUGUCUUUAACUGUGUGACUAAAUACUGGCAGUAGGUCAAGUUUUGCUCAUUAAUGUUCCUUCAUAGUAGUAAAUUUUAAAGUUUUAAAACUAAAAUACUAACUCUGGGAUGUCCCAUAAUUUUUGGUAGCCUAAAUUUUCCACUUUUCUUAAAAUCUUCUAUAAAAUACACAUCGUGCCGCUUGAACCAGCAGGGUUGUGGUUUGGUUUUUUUAUUCUAUUUUUAUUUUGCACCCAGUAUUUUAAAAUGUAUGAACAGUCUUGAUUUUGUGUACACUAUAGAGAGCACAUCUUACAAUGGCGCUGUACACGGUGAUAGUAAGGUGGGCAGUUAGUAUUUAAUGCUUUUAGUCAUAGUUGCAUAUUUUCGUAGAAAAUGUUGACUCCCAAGCGUCUUUCAGCAUAAUUCCAUGUGCAGUAUUUAUGCAGAUUGGCUAAGUUAUUUGUACAAACUUAUUUGAAGUUAGUGGAACAAGAGAAGUUUUGACAGUCUCAUGGCUUGCAUGACGGACCAUUGUAUUUAGUUGUUUCCAAAGCAAUAUGUACAGUGAGAUGUACAAUUCUAGAAAAAGAGUCAGUGUCUUGUUCAACUAUUGAGUUCCUAUUCUGUACAGUUUGCAAAGAAAGCUGCUCACAGCAAGGUCCUCCUGAGAAUUACUGUAACUGCAUCUGAAGUGUGAAAUUGCUGUGACGAAGCUGAAAUUUCACAUCAGUACAAUCUUUGUGGCUCGUGUAUCCCUGAACAAGGGGGCUGUUCUCUUCCUCAUAAAUCGGGGUUAACUUGGAGAUUCCAGCACGGAAGUCACUUUGUAGAUUUUUGAAGAUCAGACUUCACUAGGUGCUCUUUUCAGGCCAACACUUGGAAGAAACUGAAAGAGUGAAACUCAUUUCACAAAAGUACAAUCUUGAAACUAAUUUAACAUUGUGCAAUUUACGGUCAGAAUGAGUGGGCUUUGAAGUAUGCGAAAUUUUGCUGUUGCAUACUUUCAGUUUGAAAGCAAUGUACGACAAUAUUACUUGACAUUCCUGAAACACGGAGAAGAUAUUUUAAAAUUGCCUGCUACCUUUCAUGGAAUAUAAAAACCUAAGAAUUGUAUGCACUUGAAUGCAUGCAGAUAUAAAACAGGGAUGUAGCAGAAAAAGCCGUUUUCAAAGGUUUAUUGAUUAGAGUUUUACAGAGCUUUAACUGUCCUCACAGUAAAUUAGCAGAUUGUAGUAUUUGGGAGUUUAGGACAGAUGCUGUUCUGCAUUUACUGUUCACUUAAAUUUUCUGUGGAUUAAAUAAGAAGGGAGCCAAAAAUAGCUGAUUUUUUUUUUUUUUAUGAAGAACAUGCUGAUUAAAAUAAUUGUCAUACAUUUAAUGAACAUUUUUAGCUCUUGGACUUGUUUGAAAUUUGGCGUAUUGUGAAAUCUCCACAGGUUACAUAAAAUUCAUUGAAAUGUCAAAUCACAAAUGCCAGUUUUUCUGCUGUCAUCAAAAGCAUUUAAUGGAUGCAUCAAGCAUAGCAAAGGAUUUUCACGGGUUAUAUCUUCCUUACGUUGUUGAAAGUAGGCAAACCCAUGACAGCUGGACUUGAACAGCACAUUUUCUGAAAGCUUUACAGGAUUAGGAAGCCCUCGAUGAUCCACUUUUGCCCGGUUGUGAACCUUCCCAAGCAGCUCUGUCCCGGCAAAGCAGACAACUCCAGCGGAUCAGUGGCUUGAGGAUGAGCUUUGGAUAACGUGCUUGGUUGUCUUUUGUGUUGACCAAAAAACCAGGAGCUGCAGUACUUUCAGAGAAAGGAUGACUUGCGAGUGUACAGUAACUGGUCAGAACUUAUUCCUGAAUGAAUAUUUAAUCAGGAGGUGUAAAUAUUUCUUAAAGUAAUUAAAGGAUGUGUGAAAUUUUGGUGACUAUGACUUACACAGGCAAAGCCUCUGAGCUCAGAGUUAGAUAAUUGGUAAGACCAUUGUUGCGAUUCUUACAGAUUCAAAUAAGAUAAUUUUGACUAUGAACUAUUGGGGGGGGGGGAAUGUAAAACACAAAAAAAGCUUUUUUAAAAAUCCAUUUAGCAACAGGGAAAAGAAGCAGAGUAGGGUGCAAUUUCUUCUUCCCCUUCAAAACAAGUGGGUUAUACGACCUGUUUUAUUGAAAAACUUGUUUCCGUUUCAUCAUAACUCAAAAGAUGGUUUUUACAGAGAUUUUCAUCACUGACUGCAUGCUGUGAGAGUAAACCUGCCUGCAAGUUAAGUACCAGAGAGCUGACUCAGUAGGAGGUUUUCAGCAGGACUGCAUGCAGGCAGAGAAUAGUCUCUUGCCAGGAUAGUACCUUACACUUACAUAGGCUUUGUCUGGGGGGAAAAGUUACGUUUUUUAUACAACUCCAAAAUACUUCUUGUAACUUUAUAUCUGCAUACUGUGCGGAUCAUAUAAACUUUAGCUACUUCAGCAUGUAUUUAAAUACUUUUAAAUUGUUAAUAUAAAAAAAAAUUGGGUAUAUUUAAUUAAAAGAAUAAUCCCAUAUUCUGUCCUUUGUAUGUAUUCUGAGUUUUGCUUUUCAGUUGAUGACUUUCAGCCCGUUUUACAAAUUUAAGUUGAAAAUCAUUUGUCUGUGCUCUGAGCAUACUGGUCCUGUGUUUGCCAUAACGCAGUAUAAAAUUUUUAUGUUAAUUGGAGCUUGUGUCCUUUGUUUAGUUAAAAUAAAAGUAUCAUUUUGAAACCU